GGGUCACUAAUCAAUUUAUCAAUGAAUUGCUAACUUCCGUUGUUAUAAUACAUUCAUGGGGCUAUAAAUUAUGACUUGGUAUGUGCCGCUGACAAUACGCAGCGAGGCUGUCCACCUCAUAAAUGCCUCACCAUUCGACAGCCCUGCAAGGUUUACACUCCAGUCAACCAACCCUCGGCCAUUGUCCCACCUCGAAGAUACACUCCGUCCCAUCCGAUGAUGGCUAUUGCACAAGGCUCACCUCGUGUACAUGUGCUUGGUUUGGGGAGUAUCGGCACCUUCGCAGCACACUGCCUCGCUGAGGUGCCCGGCAAACCAUCUAUAACAUUAAUGUUUCACCGCAAAUCUCUCCUGAAUGAAUACAUCCGGAACGACAGGAGGAUAACACUAAAGACUCAUGAGGGCAGCACGAUCUCAAAUGGAAAUUACGCUUUGGAGGUGUUAGACGAAGGUGCAUGGUACCCAACAACAGACUCCGUCCAGUCAGCGACCAGUCGAUGCGCACCCGCAACGGACACAAUAAAACACCUCAUUGUAUGCGUCAAAGCUACUCAUACAGUCACUGCCCUGCGUCCCCUCUUGCCGCGGCUCGCACCAUAUUCCACUAUUAUGUUUCUCCAAAAUGGUGGCGGUAUGAUUGAGGAUGUGAAUCGGCAUCUUUUUCCAGACCCCGGCUCCAGGCCAAAUUACAUUUCUGGGGUUAUCUCGCACGGCGUCACCACGAAUUCCCCAUUCGAUAUUACUCAUACCGGCUUCGCAGCAACGUCGAUCGGCCUGGUGCCCCGUAGCAUGCCGCCCCGUAGCAUGGCGCUCGUGCCAGGGAGUGCAAAUUCAGAUUUGCUUCUUCAGACAUCAUAUCUACUUCAGGAGCUGCCUACAGUACCUCGGUUCAAUUGUAAGACCUACGCAUGGCCAGAUAUUCUCGCAGUCCAGCUAGAGAAGAUUACAACGAAUGCCUUCUGUAACCCGCUCUGCGCGCUUGCAGACUCGUCGAAUGCAUAUCUCUUUACUAUCCCAGAGACGUGUAAAGCUCUAAUGUCAGAGAUAUCAUCAGUCAUUCUAGCAUUGCCUGAGCUUAAAGGUGUGCCUGGCAUUGCUGAGCGGUUCUCCGCAGCUGCCCUUGAAAUGACGGUCAUGUCUAUCAUCAAUCGUACUAGGAACACAACGUGUUCAAUGGUUUGGGACCUGAGAGCGAAGAGAAAAACAGAGAUUCGGUACAUCAACGGCUUUUGGUCAAGAAAAGGGCGAGAGAUAGGCAUUCUAACGCCGAUCAACGACGAACUGAUUGCUGCAAUUGAAGCUCAAGAGCUACAAUAUAGCUAAUCUUUGUCUACAGGGUAGAUAUCUCCAGAAACCGUACUGGGUAUGCUCCGUUUCAGCUCUUGUCAAAGACUUUGCUUUUCAUUGACACGACGCAAUCAAGUAUGCCGAUACUGGGAACAUGAUAUCUAUGGCAUUGUCUUUCGCCUCAUCGUUUUGUUCGAAACUGUUCGCGGCCUAACCCUGGUAUGAAUGAGACUGACCAGGCAGUACUU